AUGCAUAACACAUUUGACGAUAUUAAGCAUAAAAAUAUACCUGAGAGCGAAGUAAUGCCAAUCCAGUCUCCGUCACCAAGGAUGAAUUCGACGACUUUCCAAAUGAUAAACCUGUCAAUGCUGGCAUCCACAGAUGAUUCUCACGAUGAAGGACGUUUACAAUCUAUGAUCAUAUUGACUACGAUGUUGUCCAUAUUUUGCGUUUUGGGCAUAGUUGGAAACGCUAUAGCCUUUUACAUAUACAUGAAAAAACGAGAAAAAUCAACAUCAACUAUUUUCAUUUUGUCGUUGGCUGUUACGGACUUUUUAACUUGCCUUAUUGUUGUUCCGUAUACGAUUGCGGCUGAAUUGCUCCAGUAUCAUUUAGUUUAUGACGUAGUGUGUAAAAGUUAUUUAUUUCUCAUAACGUCAAAUGUACCUUUAUCUGCGUUCAUAAUGGUGGCAAUUGGAUUCGACCGUUAUUUCUGUAUUUGUCACCCAUUUUUACAUAUACUGACUGUAAAAAUUGCGAAAAUUUGUGUGUUUCUCCUGACAGUAUUUUCAUUUGCUUUAGGAAUUAUUACGUCAUUACAGUACGGUGUUUAUUUAGAAAGUAGUCGUUUGAUUCAAACCGAACUUCCAAAUGAUACGGAAUAUUACGGCGAGUAUUACUACAUCGAACCUUCGAAUGAAUCACAAGAGCUGCCACCCUUGCCUAAAAACUUUACGUACUACGGUAUCUGUGUUCCAAACGAAAUCAUUUUGUCGAAUUCAACAUCGGAUAUCUAUCAAAAGAUUUACGCUGCCUUGUUCCUGUUUAGCUUUAUAAUCGUGGCUGUUUUAUAUGCUCUAAUAUACCGGUCUAUAUUAGUUCGUAGAGCUUGGAGAAAUCGUUGUAAACGUGCCAGUUGUUAUACCAGUGUGAACUGUGGCGAACUAGGUAUGGAGGAAACCCAGCUCACUGCAGUAGCUGUUAAUGGUAUUGCACCACCUUUAAUUGGUGCUGCAAUGGGAAAAGGACCAAUCAGAGCCGCAGCUGCCUUACGUGAAAAGAUGAUGUAUGCGAAUAUUAAAACAGCGGCUAUGUUAUUUGUGGUAACUCUUAUUUUCAUUAUUUCAUAUUUACCAUCGUGGUUGAUGGGGCUUGAACUUAUUCCAUUCAAUCUUAUCAUUUAUCAACUUUAUUUCCUAAAUAAUGUCGCCAAUCCAUUUAUUUAUGCUUUUAUGAAUCGAACAUUUAGAGAUGAUUUGAAACAAUUACUCAAAAAAUGCUGA